UUGUGGGAGAGAAGAGGAGGAGAAGCAGGCAGGGAAAGAAGUGAACAGCAGCCCAGCCGGAAGGAUAAGGGAGGCUGCUGCUGCCACUGCACGGAGAGAAGCUAAUCCACCUCCCUGGCAGCCCUGAACAGCCAUGUGUAAAAAGAGGCAGGCACCAAAUGCAGUGCCAGUCGGGAGGCAGAGGAAGGCAGGCUUCGGAGAAAUGAGGAGGGGGGUCUCUGUGGGCUGUGCGAGAGAGCGGCUUCCCGGAUUCCCUGCCCUUAAAUAGCCCCAGAGAGAAAAGAUGGGGCCUGCGGCUGUGCUUGGGUAGCUGGGAGAAAUGUGGGAUGGAGACAGCUCUCCCCCUUCCCAGUGGUUGGUAGAUCCGGCAGGCAUAUCAGGCAGUUAGCGGUCUGCUGAUACCCAAAGCAUCCUAAGAGCAGUUCAGCCAAGGAGGGGAGGUGUUCGUAGUUGGCCAUGGAGGUUGCCUGGGCAUGGUGAAGCCCUCUCUCCACACCAGCCUGCCUCCCAGCCUCUUUCAAGCGAAGCCACAGCAGAAUCGGCCCUUCCAUUGCUCCAGCUGGGGAAGUAUGACUGAAGUGGAGCCGGUGUUGGAUUUUGCAUCAUCUGGGCGCACGGGGCGAAGGAACGCCUUGCCUGACAUCCUGGGCUCACCAGCAGGUGUCAAUCCCACCGACUUGCCACUGAAACUGGCAGAAAUGUCUAUAAACGCAGAUCAGUCCCAAGAGAUGCAGUCCCCAGCCACAGAGGUGCCUCCCCAGGCACCCCAGAGUCCAGAGCUGAAAGACACCUCCUAAUCCUGCCUUGAGAAGGCAAAUGAAGCCAACAAGAAAAGGAAAGACUUCCUGAUGUCGACAGAAGUUUGCCUGGAGUUUUCUGGGAUUUCCUGGUCAUUACCUGGCAAGACUGUGUUACAUCCCUUGGUGUGAAGGAGUAAUAGAGGACGAUGCAGGGAAUAAGCAGUUUUGUGUUUUACCAAGAUGUGGGGAGAACCUUGAGGGAUCAUUUCUUCUAUGGGGUCUGAGGGAAUUGGAGGGAUUUUGCUGGAGAGUGUUCUCAUUUUCACACCUGUGCUGUUGAGCAGCACUGGGCUGCUACACACUUGCUCUCAGUUAGAGGAUCGUGACCGUUAUUAAAGGACCCACAGUUUGUUUUCAUAACAGAAUGCAUUCUUCACUGUGAUGUUUGGGGGAACAACGUUUUUGUGUUUUUCACCAACAGAUCCGCGAAAGGUUUAGGGGCAAAAACUGCAAGUGUGAAGCCAACAAUUUCAGCUCAUCCUCUUGUCUGCACCCUGAAGAUAGCUGGUCUUUUUCACGAAGGAAAUUCCAUUUUUGAAAUGAUGCUCUUCAUAUUCAGGAAGUUUAUGUGGCUUGUGAGAUAAGCACAGCCAUCACUCUGAUCGGCCAGAAGGGAAAUAAGCGUGACAGUAUGACCAAAGACUGUCAUCGACUCCAUAUUCAAGGGAAUGAACAAAACACAAAAAGUUAAGAGAUUUAAAAAAUCCUGUCGCACUUUAUAAAACUAUUGGGAUAUGAUGUUCUGGAGGCAAGCAGCCAAGGUUAGGUAGCUGUUGCAGAUUUGCCACAUGGGUGUAGAAUUUGGCUUUGGGGUCAGAAUUUAGCAUCCUGAACAUUUCAGCUUUCUCUUUUUCUUUCUCGGUGGCGGGGGGAGUGGGAAUCAAGUUGCUAGUCCUUAUGUUUGUGAAUCAGUGUUCAAAUUACAGGAGGCCAGAGGGCCCCACUUCCUUCCCUUUUGCAACACCCCCUUAGUUACUAUUUUAGAAGGCUACAGGCAGCAUAUUUGGUUAAACCUAGGGGCAGUGAGUGGAUUAAACAUGGGGUUUCAUUAGGAGGACCCUAUUUUCCUCCUAUAUUUUGAACAUAUUGUGAAGAUAAUUAUUUGAUAAUAGAGGCAUUGCUAGGUAUUUAAGAGACCCAGGGUCUGGAUCCACAGUCGGCUUUGGAUAAUUAAACUCAAUCAUCCCCCAUAAGAAUAAUCAGGUAUUUUUUGAAAGUCCCUAAUAUUAUAAUAAAGUGUCUAUUAAGGUGGAAGCAUCAGAGAGCUACUUGAGCAUAGCAGCAGUGUUCCCUGUAACAGGGACUCCCAGAUGCUGUUGACUACAACUCCCAGCAUCUUCAGCUGCAAUGGCCUAUGGCUGGGGAUUAUGGGAAUUGUAGUCAUCAGCAUCUGGGAAUCCUUGUUACAAGGAACAUUGGCUAGGAGAUUAGAGUUGCCAUGCCCCCCGGAAUUUCGGGUUUCACCCGGAUUUUAAGCAUCUCACCCAGAUUGAUUAGCCCACCCAGAUUUGCCCAGAUUUCAGCUUUCAUUUAUUUUUAUUUUUAUUUUUAAAAAAAGCUAAGCCCUUGUAGAAGGGGAGUUGUAGAGCAAAACUUGCAGUCGUUAUUCUGCUCGAAAAUUAUUUUCAAGCCAAUUUCCAUAAUAUGCAAAUUAGGCACCCGGAUUUGGAAAGCCGGAACAUGGCAACCUUAUCUCCGAUGCUCUCUGCAGGUGCUUCUGCUGCUGUGUUCCCUUUCUGGAAAGAGUCAGGGAGGAGAGAGGUGGUUGAUGAGAUUCAGGGCUCUGAGCAAUAAAUUGGGGGCCUGUCCCCCAUAGGGCACCCCCUAAUGAUGCCCCUGUUUGAUAAACUACUGCAGCUGCAGGAGGGGCUCAGUGCGUUUUCCAGUGAUCAAAGACAAGGCUUUGAAAGCACGAUCCUGGUUACAUGACGACUGCCAUCUCUGGAAAUGGCCGGUAUUUGUCAUUAGCCAAAUUAACAUUGCAUUAAAACAGCAUCGAUGCUGGCCAAAGCGCAAACACAGAUAAAGCCUGAGAAGCAUCCAGCAUAUUGGUGAGCUUUCAUACUUGCACAUUUUCAAAAAAUGCUCUCCUGGUUCCACAGGUUACUCGAGAGUUCAGAGACGAAACGGACGUGUUUUUAAAGAGUGGGUUGCCCCCGUUCCUAGAGUAGUCAAGCACUAAUGUCUAGUGAGGAUCUGUUCAUGCUAACACUGCGCAUUAAACUUCCACCAUUCUGACCACG